GCACAUGCGCACAAGCUUCUCUAUUCGUCUAGCCUAUCAAUGGCGGCUUGCGGUCGGAGAGAAGACAAAACUGGGACACCGAUUCUAUUUAUUCGCAUUCACAAGUGAAGUCGCCCAGGUGGUCAGUGAUCAUAGUGUCCCAGUUCCUUUCUUUGGUUAGCUGGCGAAGGCUUCAUGAUGAGUCGCCUUAUUUCACUGAUGCGCUGCUUGCGCCCCUUGAGAUGUCGAACAGAACUCAGUACUCAGAGACUUUCAAGGCUAUCUGUCUACAGCACAGCGGCUGCUCCGUACAAAGUGUUCCAGCGACCAAAGUCCACGGCUGCGGAGGAGGACAGUUCGAGGAGGAACUUCUUGUUUGAGACGAGAGGCUGUUCCAGGCACCGUCAGUCCUCCCAGCAGGAGAAAGCCGAGCUGGUCAUCUUCGACAAGGAUGGCACCCUCAUCUGCUUCCACUCCAUGUGGUCCUCGUGGGCUGUCAGGGUCACUGAGAGCAUCGCUCGUCACGUGGGUCUGGACAUUGAGGACAAGCUGUACGAGACGCUGGGGGUGUGUGCCCUGUCCAAGCGCGUGUUCCCCGGCCUGCUGGCAGAGAUGACUUCUCCGAUCAUCCAGGAAGAGCUGGUCAAGGUGCUGGUGGCCGAGGGCGUGCCCGCGGAGAAGGCCCGUAAAGCCGUCGUGGACAGCUGGGUGGAGGGAGACAGCGGGAAAGAGAAGAGUGCCGUGCAGUCCAUCCACCCGGAUCUGAUCUCGCUCUUCAAGAUUCUCAAGGCUAAUGAUGUGAAGAUCGCCAUCUGCACGGCUGACAACCGGCGUGGAACCAUGAACACGCUGCGCCACCUGGGGCUCACGCCGUACAUCGACAUGGUCGUCUGCGGCAACGACCCCAACACGCAGGCCAAGCCCAACCCCCACAACGCCUGGAAGAUCUGCGGGGAGCUGGGCGUGGACCCAGAGAAGACCGUCAUGGUUGGGGACACCAAGGCCGACAUGGGCAUGGGACACUCCGCCAAGCUGGGCUGGGUGAUCGGGGUGCUCAGCGGAGUCGGGGACACGGAGGAACUUUUGCCGGAGGCCAACUACGUUAUUGACAAUGUGAAAGACCUGCUUCCCCUGAUCAUGCCCUACGAUGACUGGGUCAACUACUACACGUACUCCUCUCACGAGCGCGUGCUGAGGGAGCCUGUUGACCUUGACCCUGUUCCGAAAGAGGAGACGCAGGACUUUAGCAUGGACAAUUACGACGUGGUCAUCUUCGAUCUGAACGGCACGCUGGUGUGCACACACCACAAGUACAUACAGUGGCUGGAGAAAUUGACCAGCAGGCUAGAAGUGAAGACCGGCAUGGACCUGGGUCCUCUGAUCUACAAGCACCUGGGGGUGUCCAGGGACUCGAAGAAAGUUCAGAACGGCUUGCUGGGAACUGGCGCUCACAUACAACUGAAGGAGGCUCUGGUCCAGCUCCUGAGGCAGGAAGGAUUCCAUUACGAGGAAGCCAUCAUAACCAUCAAUCAGGCGUGGCAGGACUGCGAGGACGCCAUCAAGAGUGCCACCAUCGUCCCGCUGGACAAGGACACCCAGCGGCUGUUCCACACGCUCAAGGAGAACGGCGUCAAGAUCGCCAUCAACACAACCGAGUCCCGCGAGACGGCCCUCAACGACCUCAAGGCCAUGGGGCUCACCCCAUACGUGGACAUGAUGGUGUGCGGAGACGACCCGAUGUCGCGGCAGAAGUCUGACCCACACAACGCGCUGCUGAUCUGCGAGGAGAUGGGUACGAGCACGGAGAGAGCUGUGGUGGUCGGAGACACCAUGGAGGACAUCAGCAUGGGACUCAAGGCCAAGGUUGGCCUUACAAUCGGUGUUUUGACCGGUGUUGGUAGUCGCUCUGAGCUGGUGCAGGCUGACCACAUUGUACCGAGCGUCAGCGAAAUUCUGCUCCACAUGAAGGGUGGAGAAGACGGUGAUGGUGGUGUCGACAACAGAACCGGAUCCUCUGCGACUUCGAGCGUCCCCCCUUCAGGAAGACGACUGUUCUCCACCAGCUCGGCCAGCGGUCCCUCUGCGACGUCGCGCCGAUCGUUCAGCACGACGUCGCGGGUCCCCGCGCAGGAGACGAUGAAGAGCAGGUAUGAUUACGUAAUUGUGGGUGCAGGCUCGGCGGGCUGUGUGUUAGCCAACAGGUUGACGGAGGACGGACAGAACAAGGUGCUGCUGAUUGAGGCGGGGCCCAAAGACAAGACCUGGAAGAUCCACAUGCCGGCCGCGCUCAUGUACAACCUGUGCGACGACCAGUACAACUGGUACUACCACACGGAGCCCGAGAAGUGGAUGAACAAUCGGGUCAUGUACCAGCCCAGAGGGAGGGUGUGGGGGGGAAGCUCCUCGCUCAACGCCAUGGUGUACAUCCGAGGACAUGCCGGUGAUUACGACGGGUGGGAGAAACUUGGUGCUGCCGGAUGGUCAUACGCGGAUUGUCUCCCCUACUUCAAGAAGUCUCAGACCCACGAGCUAGGGGAGGAUGAGUACCGCGGCGGCGACGGUCCUCUGAAGGUGUCGAGGGGCAAGACGGAUCACCCUCUUCACCACGCAUUUAUAGAAGCGGGACAGCAAGCCGGUUACCCGUUUACCGACGACAUGAAUGGCUACCAGCAGGAAGGGGUGGGCUGGAUGGACAUGACCAUCUUCGCCGGGAUGAGAUGGAGCGCUGCCUCCGGCUAUCUCCUGCCGGCCUUGCACCGACCCAAUCUGGACACAGUCACGAAAACGAUGACGAACAGGAUUCUCUUCUCGGGCCUGAAGGCCACGGCCGUGGAGGUGGAGCGUGGCGGUCAGGUGGAGACCGUGGAGGCGGAGAAGGAAGUGAUCCUGUGUGGCGGGGCGUACAACUCCCCACAGCUCUUGUCUCUGUCGGGUGUCGGCGACGGGGACCUGCUCAAGUCUCUGGACAUCCCCGUAGUGCAUCAUCUCCCCGGCGUAGGCCAGAACCUGCAGGACCACCUGGAGAUAUACAUCCAGCAGACGUGCAAGGAGCCCAUCACGCUGUACUCGGCUCAGUGGAAGUUCCCCCACAACAUGGUUCGGAUUGGUCUCGAGUGGUUCGUACGACAGACGGGCUGGGGAGCCACGGCUCAUCUGGAGUCUGGAGGUUUCAUCCGCAGCAGGGCUGGUUUGGAUCAACCGAACCUCCAGUAUCACUUCCUGCCCUCCACGGUCAACGAUCACGGGAGAAAGAUGGGUUCCUGUCACGCUUACCAAGUGCACAUUGGCCCGAUGAGGCCAACGUCGCGUGGGUCGGUCACCAUCAAAUCCAAAGACCCGAGAGAACAUCCGAAGAUUGUGUUCAACUAUCUGAGCACCCAGGAGGAUAUUGAAGAAUUCCGUGCGGGAAUCACUCUCACUAGAGAAAUCUUUGCACAGAAAGCGUUUGACAAGUAUCGAGGUCCCGAACUCGCUCCAGGAGCAGACAUCCAGACAGAUGAACAAAUUGACGCCUUUGCUCGCAGAAUGGCCGACAGUGCCUACCACCCAUCGUGCACCAACAAAAUGGGUUCACCAGACGACCCCAUGGCCGUUGUGGACCCCAGCGCCCGGGUGAUAGGCCUGGAGGGGCUGCGUGUCGUCGACGCGUCCAUCAUGCCUCAAGUGGUCAGCGGGAACUUGAACGGACCCACCAUAAUGGUGGCAGAGAAAGCAGCGGAUAUCAUAAGGGGAAGGAAGCCUUUGCCAAAAUCUACAGCUCCAGUGUACAGACCUGCCGAUCCCAACAAGCAGCGCUAGUUUGACACACACACGCACACACACAUGCUUGUUAAUUGAAUUUGGAGUUUUCCAAGUUCUUGUCAAAAAAAAAAUGUAGAUAUCUUUUUACUUUAUGUGGAAUAACAUGGAUUAACAGCAUGAAUUGCUGAAUGUCAGGGACUUGCAUCGUUUGUUGAAUUUUGAUGCCUUGUUGAAGUACGUGUUCUUGCUUUUGAUUUUUUUUGUAGAAGAGCUUUUGAUGUAAACUUGAGUGCUGUGUGAAUAGAUACAUAUUGUGAACGAGUGAAA